AUGAAUUACGACGGCAAUACCUCUCUCAAUCUAAGCUUAUCAUCGAGGAGGAGCGGGCUGAUGAAUCUGCCUCUGGACCCGGCUUCGCCGCCGCUCAGCCCGGCGGAUCAGCGCGUGUUUUCGUGCAACUACUGCCGGAGGAAAUUCUACAGCUCUCAGGCGCUCGGCGGCCACCAAAAUGCUCACAAACUGGAGAGGACGCUCGCGAAGAAGAGCAGGGAGCUCAGCAUGCCGGAUUCGGGCUCAACCCGACGGGCUGGCUCGGGCUACGUGCCGAUGCGUGCGAGAGAGUUGAGUAGUUAUGGAAAUAUCGGUUGGAUUAAUGAAGGGGUUGAUCAUCAUCAAGAGGAACUCGGCCAUCUUGAUUUGUCUUUGAGGCUUUGA